AUGGCAGAAUCAGGUAAGAUAGUUGGUACACCUGUCCAAGAGUUGGUUUUGAAUCCUCAAAAUGUGCCAAAAAAUUAUAUGUAUGAGGAAGGUGGUUCUGGAUUUCGAGAUGCUCUUGUGCCACCACCGGAUGAUAAUAUUCCCGUGCUCGACCUCUAUCGCCUCUCAUCUCCAUCGACAGCACAGCAAGAGCUUGCUAAACUCCACCAUGCGAUCCUUUCAUGGGGCUGCUUUCAGGCAAUAAACCAUGGAUUGGAAAGCUCAUUUCUGGCAAAGGUGAGAGAAGUUUCUAAGCAAUUCUUUCAACUUCCAAAGGAAGAAAAGCAAAAAUGUGCAAGGGAUCCAAACAAUAUCGAAGGAUAUGGCAACGAUAUAAUAUAUUCAGAAAAGCAAAGGCUUGAUUGGACUGACAGAGUAUACCUAACGGUGCUGCCUGAAGAUGAGAGGAAGUUCAAAUUUUGGCCUCAAACCCCUGAUGAUUUCAGAAGUACCGUCCUACAAUACACAGAAAGCCUAAGGCUGCUAAGCGAAGUAAUCCUUAAGGCCAUGGCUAAGUCACUGAACUUGGAGGAGAAUUGCUUCCUAAAUGAAAGUGGAGAGAGAACUAAUAUGUUUCUGAGGUUCAACUAUUACCCUCCGUGUCCAAUGCCUGAUCAUGUUCUCGGCGUGAAGCCACAUGCAGAUGCAUCCACCAUAACUUUUCUCUUGCAAGAUAAAGAAGUAGAAGGCCUCCAAGUCUUGAAAGAUGAUCAGUGGUUUAAAGUUCCAAUCAUCCCUGAUGCCCUCUUGAUUAAUGUUGGUGACCAAAUAGAGAUAAUGAGCAAUGGAAUUUUUCGGAGUCCAGUGCAUAGAGUAGUGUUAAAUAAAGAGAAGGAAAGGCUGACAGCAGCAAUGUUCUGCAUCCCGGAUUCAGAAAAAGUGAUUAAACCGGUGGAUGAGCUAGUGAACGAGACUAGGCCAAUACUAUACAGACCAGUGAAAAAUUAUGUUGACAUCUAUUUCCAAUAUUACCAGCAAGGGAAGAGACCAAUGGAAGCCUCAAAGAUAUAA